AUGAAGCUCGAGUGUUCCAACUUAAGAGGAAUCUUGCAAGUCUCCAACAAGCAAGAAGAAGUACGUAGGAAAGUCAUGAAUGUUGACCUAAAAUCUAGUGUGCUUGAGGCUAGAGCUUUUGUGACAAACCACAAGUCAUCUGGAGAUAGAGUGUACAAGGGAAAAAGGCCAGAUCUGAAGUGUUUACACUGCAAUAAUAUUGGACAUCUAAUAGAUCGAUACUGGAUAUUACACCCUGAGUUGAAGCCAAAGUUUGAGAACAAGCCUUCAAGAGACUACAAGGGCUCAUAA